UGAGAUUAUUCCUUCAACUAAAUCCAAUCCUUGUUGAUCCGUUUUCUAAUUCUAAAAAUGAGUCACGUACUGCCUGCUCUGGCUUGCGCUGCUUCCCUUUAUUUCCGUGGAAAAAGAAAUUGAAAAAUCGGUGUUUUUUUUUCCCCUAGUUUUGUUGGGAUCGCUUCUAGUUUUUCCUGAACAGUUUUUGUUCGGGUUUUUGAUUGAGUUGUAGAUUUCUAGUUUCUCUUCCCCUCCUCCUCCCCCACUAAGUGGUCGAUAUCGCCUCUUGUUGUGGAUUGGGUUGGGACUCUGGGUUUCUGAUGGAUUCUCUGUGCUGUUCCUGAGCACUGUUGCAGAAUGAGUAGCUGAACUGCUACUGCAUCUCUUCAUUGCCCUGCAUGUUUCUGGUUUUCUGAAAUAUGAGCCAAGAUAACGAAGAGACAAGGAGAAAAGCAAUGGAGACUCUAUCUUUGCAAAUAGACAAAUACCCGAGGGAUCUGCUCCGGACAUUCAUGUCCAGGGACGAUACUCAACAAUCCGACAACGCAGAGCCUGAGGCUGGUUCGGAGGAGAUUGAGCUGAAUCUUGGCCUUUCGUUGGGGGGUCGAUUUGGUGUCGACAAGCACGCUAAGAAGCUAGGGCGAUCAUCGUCUAUCGUCGGAACAAUGCCUCUCGUCAGAGAGAACGAGUCCACGACCCCACCGACGCCGUCGUAUCCACCCCUUCUGAGGACCUCUUCGCUUCCGACGGAGACGGAGGAGGAGUGGAGGAAGAGGAAGGAGUUGCAGACGUUGAGGCGAAUGGAGGCUAAGAGAAGACGGUCUGAGAAGCAGAGGAAUUCCAAGACGGAGAGAGACGGUGGUGAGGGAAGGACUGAAUUGGAGGGUCCGAAGGGAAAUGAUUGGGCCUUUGGGUUGCCUAUGUGGGCUUCGGCAUCAUCGAGGCAAGUGGUUCUUAGUGAUGUGUUGGCCCAAGGAAAAGCCCAUGGGCUAUUAGGUGGUACUGCUGGUUUCCAUGGGGGAGGCUCCUCGCCAGGAAUACCAGAAAUGGAGGGAAAACCAUUUCAAGGCAGAACUGCUGACUGGGCCAGAGAGCCAGACUAUGCACUUCCAUUCAUCCAGGAUCAAGUAAUUGUGGUGAAGCAAGAAGCUCAGCUGGUAAUCAAUUGUUGCAGGAAAGAAGCAAUCAGGACGCUGAGGGUUCCUCUGGGACAAAGUCAAAUGAGAAUGAGACCAAAACACCAAGUGAGGUGGAGAAUCUAUCAAGAAAACCUCAUCAUGGCCCAAACAGGGGGAGGGAAAUUGGGUCAAAUUCAAUGGAAGACAUGCCUUGUGUUUUCACGCAAGGGACUGGUCCUAAUGGAAAGAGAAUUGAGGGAAUCUUGUACAGAUAUGGUAGAGGGCAGGAAGUGAGGAUUAUGUGUGUAUGCCAUGGAAACUUUCUUUCUCCAGCAGAGUUUGUGAGGCAUGCUGGUGGUGGUGAUGUCGCUCACCCACUUCGGCACAUUGUUGUAAACCCUUCCUCUACUCCUUAUUUGUAAUGUGUGACACAUUUGAUGAGUAAAUUAUUUUAAUCAGGUAGCCUCUUUUCUCGUGUCAAAA